AUGAAUAAAAAUAAUAGAAGCGAAGAACUCUUAAGAGAACAAUAUUGUAAAACCCAAGCCGAACGGAUUCUGGACAAACAACUAUUCAAAAAGACUAAAGGAUAACACUUGCAUUAAAUGGAAAAGUAGAUUUAUGGAGAUUAGAAUAAAAAAGUGAAAGUCGAGGAAAGUUCAUAGAAAGAGCAAAUGAGUUGCUAAUAAGCAAUGGGCUUAGUCCUCAAAUAUUUAAAUAAUGACAAUAAGAUAUUCACUGCUCUUAAUAAAAUUAAGUUGCUAAUUAAGGAAUUUAAAAACAAGUUCUAUGAUUACCAUUUAUUGUAAAUACUUUAUUGCAUAUCAAUAACUAAGUAUUAAUUCAAGCAACACGAAUGUGAUUAAUUGGUUAUCGAAAUCUUUGAUCUCUGUCAAAUGCCUCAAUACACAUAGGUAAUGGAUAUAUUAAGAAUUCAAUUGCAAACCAAAAUCAAACUUCAAACUGAUGACACCUACUUAUUUAACAAUAUGCUUAAGGAAUUGAAGAAGAUAAUAGAUGAUUUGAACACUCUUCAAGCAUUACAACCAGUAGAUAUUCUCAAAUUGAACUCACUAUCAUAGAUUGAGGCAUAUGAAUACGAAAUUCUACCUGAGUUCGAUCAAUUUAUUAAUGACAAAGAGACACAAAGAAAAUAACAACAAUAGUAUGUGAUUAAUUGUUUGGAAGUGUUGAUUGAUCAAUUCAAAUAUCAAUGGGCCAAAACAAGCAUUCAUACAUUCAUUCAGAAUUUGAAUUUUAAUCAAAAGCAAUAAUUUGAUGAAUCUUUCAGAAAAUAAAUUGAUGAUAUUAUAAGCAAGAUUUAGAAUGCUAAAAUACUUUAUAAUGCUAGUAAUGAUAGGGAGAUGGUUUAGAAUGCGAAGGUGAUGCAGGAUUAUUUGAAACCCAUUCAUGAUGUUGUGGAUAGUCGAGCUGUGGUGAAUACAGGGGAUGGUUUGGAUUAGUGGGGUUUGAAAUAGACUGGAUUAUGA